AUGAGGAUGGAACGGGAGGCCAGCCUCAGCAAAGCAAGCAGCAAGAGGUUCAAAGUCCUUACUCCUGGAUAUAAGCUGCCUGCUGGAACUUUUGACUCUGUAAGGGUCGGCAGCCAGAACCAACAGAAGGAAUCAGAUGUUCAAGGAAAAGACUUGACUCCAUGGCUUGCGGUGCUGGCCUUUACCUAUGAUGUGAUUACUUCGCCACCAAUAGUUAAGUCUAGCCUGGAAAGACUUCUGGAGUUGCCUCCUGCUGAGCCUGACAAGCCAACUAAACCCUGUGAGCAGUCCCCUACCGCGGCGUUUGAUCUCAAUAUAGCCACGUUCGUGAAGAACUUCAACGCCAGCGAGGGUCUCCUCAGCACGCUGUUGACUUACGACCCGGGGCUAGACGGUAAUAAAGACGGCACAAACAGGUACGUCGUGUUUGUGAAGAAAGAUCUCUUGAAUGCGCUCUGUCGCGAUAAUGGAGCCCCAGACUGUCUACAGAACAAACCAGACGUGUCUCGCUACAGGCGGCUGUCUUAUGUCCGUAAGGUGGACACCUCAGGAAUGGCUUAUGCCGGCUCGACGAUCGGUCUUCUCAUGGAGAGGAACAGCUUGUUCUCCGUAAUUGUAUCUCAUCGGGCUGGCCCGCUAGAAACCGCAUCGCCCGAGCCGAUCAUGCCUCAUCUGGUCUCCAUCGAAGGACUGAAGACCAAUAUUUCGUACACAUUUCAGACAGAGUACAUAGGUCUCUCUUCUCCACAGCUGCAUCUACACCAGCUUGCCUCCCAACUGUCUUAUGUUCUGGGCAGGAUAUUGGCCCUGGCUGACUGCCUCUUUACCGUGGCUAUGGCACGAAUUCGGAAGCAGAUACAGGAUUUCAGUCUUGAGGAGCGCAAGAAGGACGAGAUGGAGAAGAAGGCAUUCUUCCAGACAAAGGCCUAG